AUGACCAUGGGACCACAGACCAGAGGAGGAGGUGGGACCACAGACCAGAGGAGGAGACCAGAGGAGGAGGUGGGACCACAGACCAGAGGAGGAGGUGAGACCACAGACCAGAGGAGGAGGUGGGACCACAGACCAGAGGAGGAGGUGGGGCCACAGACCAGAGGAGGAGGUGGGACCACAGACCAGAGGAGGAGGUGGGGCCACAGACCAGAGGAGGAGGUGGGGCCACAGACCAGAGGAGGAGGUGGGACCACAGACCAGAGGAGGAGGUGGGACCACAGACCAGAGGAGGAGGUGGGGCCACAGACCAGAGGAGGAGGUGGGACCACAGACCAGAGGAGGAGGUGGGACCACAGACCAGAGGAGGAGGUGGGACCACAGACCAGAGGAGGAGGUGGGACCACAGACCAGAGGAGGAGGUGGGGCCACAGACCAGAGGAGGAGGUGGGACCACAGACCAGAGGAGGAGGUGGGGCCACAGACCAGAGGAGGAGGUGGAACCACAGACCAGAGGAGGAGGUGGGACCACAGACCAGAGGAGGAGGUGGCACCACAGAGGAGGAGGUGGGACCACAGGAGGGGGUGGCACCACAGAAGAGGUGGGACCACAGAGGAGGAGGUGGCUGCACAGAGGAGGAGGUGGGACCACAGGAGGAGGUGGCACCACAGAGGAGGAGGUGGGGUCACAGGAGGAGGUGGGACCACAGGAGGAGGUGGCACCACAGGAGGAGGUGGCACCAGAGGAGGAGGUGGUACCACAGAAGAGGUGGGACCACAGAGGAGGAGGUGGCACCAGAGGAGGAGGUGGUACCACAGAAGAGGUGGGACCACAGAGGAGGAGGUGGCACCAGAGGAGGAGGUGGUACCACAGAAGAGGUGGGACCACAGAGGAGGAGGUGGCAGCACAGAGGAGGAAGUGGCACCACAGAGGAGGAGGUGGGACCACAGAAGAGGAGGUGGGACCAGAGGAGGAGAUGGCACCACAGGAGGAGGUGGCACCACAGGAGGAGGUGGCACCACAGAGGAGGAGGUGGGACCACAGAGGAGGAGGUGGCACCACAGAAGAGGAGGUGGCACCACAGAGGAGGAGGUGGCACCACAGAAGAGGAGGUGGGACCAGAGGAGGAGAUGGCACCACAGGAGGAGGUGGCACCACAGGAGGAGGUGGCACCACAGAGGAGGUGGGGCCACAGGAGGAGGUGGGACCACAGGAGGAGGUGGCACCACAGGAGGAGGUGGCACCAGAGGAGGAGGUGGCACCACAGGAGGAGGUGGCACCACAGAGGAGGUGGGACCACAGAGGAGGAGGUGGCUCCACAGGAGGAGGUGGCACCACAGGAGGAGGUGGCACCACAGAGGAGGUGGGACCACAGAGGAGGAGGUGGCACCACAGAGGAGGAGGUGGGACCACAGGAGGAGGUGGCACCACAGAGGAGGAGGUGGCACCACAGAGGAGGAGGUGGCACCACAGGGGGAGGUGGCACCACAGGAGGAGGUGGCACCAGAGGAGGAGGUGGCACCACAGGAGGAGGUGGCACCACAGAGGAGGUGGGACCACUGAGGAGGAGGUGGCUCCACAGGAGGAGGUGGCACCACAGGAGGAGGUGGCACCACAGAGGAGGUGGGACCACAGGAGGAGGUGGGACCACAGGAGGAGGUGGGACCACAGGAGGAGGUGGGACCACAGAAGAGGAGGUGGCACCACAGGAGGAGGUGGCACCACAGAUUGGGCAGUGA